AUGGCUUCUUACGCACCCUCGACAUCAAAAAAUUCGUUGAAAACCGUUGAAUGGAUGUGGAAAGCAAAUCCGAACCCAUUUUCAAAAUCUGAACCAGCAACAUGGAAUCAUUACUCAGACUUGGAAAAUUUAAUUAUUGAAGAAGCAUUCCAAGACAAACAACCUCAAGCUUUACUAGAUGAUUAUUACAUUGACUUUGCAAGCAAUCUUCAAAUAUCAAAUACUGACAGUUACAAACAAAGACCUGUUAAACGCGAAGUACGCAAAAGGCAGGAUAAACAUUUACGAGACACACGUUUUAUGGAUCUACCAGUCAGCACUGGACGUUCAUUUGGAGGUGAAUAUGGCUGGAUAUCCGCUUUCGUCAUCGAAGUUAGAAGGUAUCUGAAGCUUGAACCACAAGAUUUGCCUUCAAAAAAGCCCAAUAUGAUUCCAAUGCUGGUUGAAAAGGCUGCUCGCGGUAUUAUUGAAGAGGGAAAGCAUAUUGGAAAAGAAAGAGAAGCUGAAAAACUGGCUAAACUGCUUCAGGAGACGAAGCACUCUGGAAUGGAGGAAGUAUGGAAAUGCUGCGCUUAUUUGUAUACGCUGGAAAGCUUUUUAUACAAAACGUUGAAUGCAGCAAUGAGAUUGGUUGGAGAUAAAGAACAGGAAAAAGUAUGGAGAAGUAAAAUUCCUACAUUAGGCCCUUUUUGCUUAUUAUUAUGGGAUGACCCAUUGAAUACAAAAUUGACAAUGAAGAAAACUCUGUAUCGAGGAGCAACUCUGGAGCCUCAGCAGAUUGUUAAAUACGAAGAGAUGGCCAGAGAUAAAAAUGCAUGGGGAUCAUUUCAGGCAUACACAUCAACUAGUCGGAAUCGCAAGAAAGCUGAAGAAUUUGGAAAUGCUUUAUUCAUCAUGAAAGUAUUAUUUGCUUUUAUUGCCGAUCUAAGUUCACUGUCUGAAUACGAAAACGAAGAAGAAGAACUGGUAACACCAGGUGUUUGCUUUCGUGUCGAAAGUGUUGAAUUCAAUAGUAAGAAGAACAAGCAUUUUAUCACUUUGCAAUUAAGACAAAGAUUCAGUGGUAAGUAA